CGCAAAUUCAAGACAGCAACGUUUGCCAUUCCAACCAAUGUCCUCAAUCAAGAACGUGGCCCUAGCAGGAGCCAGCGGCAACGUAGGCAGCCAAGUGCUGAACGCCCUGCUCGCCCAAAACUUCACCGUCACUAUCCUGACGCGCAAGCCUGCAACCGCAACCGCAAACCCCCUUCCCCGCCGCAGCCACCCAAACCAGGACGCAGUAAUCGACACGACCUUUUCCCCAGACAUCGACACCCCACUCCAAUUGAUCGACGCCGCCGCCGCAGCCGGCGUCUCUCGUUUCAUAACAAGCGACUUCGGCCUCGACCCCACCAAUCCCGGAAUCCACGCCCUCCCCGUCUUCGCCCGCAAAAAGGCUGCCUACGAAGCCGUGCAACGCCACGCCGCCACCGCCGCCUCCACACUAACCUACACCGUCGUCGCCUGCGGGGUCUUCCUGGACUGGGCUCUGGAUUCUGGGUUCGCAGGGUUGGACCUCACCGCCCGGAAAAUCCGAAUCUUCGGGGACGGGGAAAACGUCGUCCCCUGGACGACGCUGGCGGAUGUGGGUCGCGCCACGGCGGCGGUGCUGCUGCACCCGCAGGAGACGCGCGAUCGGGUUAUGUAUGUGCAUUCGGUGUAUUUGUCUCAGAGGGAGUUGGUGACGGUGGUGAGGAAGGUGCUUGGGGCGGAGGGGUGGGAGGAGACGCGUGAGAGGGAUAUGCGGGGGUUGAUGGAGGCGGCGGUGGCAGAUCUUAGGGAGGGGCGAGGGGUGACGGCGGCCACGUUUGAGGUGCAGAUUCAGUAUUGCGUGGCUACGCGGGAGUUGGCGCAUCCGUGGGAGAGGGAUGAUAAUGCGUUGUUGGGGGUGAAAGAGUUGGGGGUGGAAGAGGUGGAGGGGUUGGUUGGCAGGAUUGCGCGGGGAUUGUGA